AUGCAGUUCUCCCGCGUCGUGUCUUUCUUCGUCGUCGUCCUGACGUUCGGCGUUUUCGCCCUCGCGGUCCCGGCGAAGAGGGCUGCCUCUCCGGCCGAUAUCAUCCCGAUUCUUACCGACUUGCAGACGGAGAUUCUUCCCAUCCUCGGUCAGAUCAACUCGACCGUCGCCAGCGGCAACGCAACCAGUGACUCAAUCGCUCCUUUGGUUGGCGAACUCGUAACGGACCUCUCUGCGGCCGCCUCGUCGCUUCAGGGUCUCUCUGCCAAGCGCUCAUUGGAGACCAUUGAGAAGCGCCAGAGCGAUGACGAUGUCGCCACCCUGGUCGCAUCGAUCAUCGAGGACCUCACCGCGGCCUUGGACAACCUCUUGGGUGACGCUGCCUCCAUUCCCGACCUCGGCUCGCUCCUGGCCGGCGUGGACACUUCCUUGGAUCAGGUGCUUACUGGCCUCGAGACCCUCCUGGCCGGUGUUCUUAACCUUGUCGCUAAUCUGCUCGUUGACGUCGCUGGUUUGCUCGAGAGUCUUGCUCUCGGCCUGACCCUCGCUUCGCUCGGCCUCUGA